AUGGAAAGUGACCCAUUACAAACAACCAACGAUGUUACUACAUGUCAACUAGUCCAUUCACGUGCUUUAUGUGCUGUUUGUGGUGCUCUAGCUAUUGGAAGAAAUUUUGAUGCAAUGACAUGUUUAUCAUGCAAAGCAUUUUUUCGUCGGAAUGCUUAUAAUGAUCAUCUUAUUUUUACAUGUCGAAUAUCAGGUUCAUGUGAAAUAACAUCAACAACAAGACGACAUUGUUCAGCUUGUCGUCUUAAAAAAUGUUUUCAACAAGGCAUGAAAAAAGAACUCAUUCGUAGUUUAGUUGCAAUUAGUCAUGCUUCAUCUGCAGCAAUAACAAAUAGAUUACAAUAUCAAUCAUUAAGAUCAACAACGGUGAUCGAUUUAUUAUCUGAACAUGAUCAAUUAUCUCUUUCAUUUGAUGAUUGGAAUUUCUUAACAAAUAUUCGAACAUCUUAUGAACAACAUUGUAUUCAAAAAUUUAUCGAGUCUCAUAAAACAAUUCCACUUAUACCACCUAAACAACCAUAUCGAUCACGUCUUAAAUUACAACGUAUAGUUGAUCUUAAAUAUAAAUAUACUUUUAUUAUUGCUUCAUUUAUUAAACAUAUUCUUCAACUUGGUAUACUUCAAUUAUCAUUAGAAAAUCAUUAUCAUUAUAUUAAAGAUAAUUUUUCAUGUUUAGCAUCAGUAAAUGCAAGUGAAUUAAUGAAAUUAAAAAUAUUAGAAAAUUUUCCAUGGGAAUAUGAUCAAUUAGUAAUUGAAUCUGUUUUUUCUGAAGUAAUUAUUUAUCGUUUGGAAAAAAUUUUAAAUACAUUUCAAACACUUUCACCAAAUGAUCCACUUAUAAUGAAACAAUUUGUUAUUGUACUUGCAUUAUCAUCACGAAUAUCACCAUUAAUUGUAAAAAAACAAUAUAAUUCAAAUGAUUUUGAUCCUGUACCAAAAAAUCUUCUUUUAAGUCAAAAUUAUUGUUUAACAAUAUUAUGGAAAUAUAUGAUAUAUCGUUUAGGUUAUAAUGAUGCUAUAAUAUUUUCAGUCAGAUUUAUACAAAAUUUUCUUCAUAGACAAAUAAUUGAAGCUGAAAUGAUUGAAAUAAUACAAAAUAGAGAUGAUCAUGGACAACUUAUUCAACUUAUGCAGAUGAAUAUGAAUUUCUAG